AUGGAGAUCGACAAGAAAUCACCCGUGGACGACAUCAUUAACGAGAAAGAUGUUCAAAUUGGCACUAUAACGGAUCUCGAUGAAGGAGAGGUCUUCCUCCGCCAAAAUGGAUUCACUCAAGAGGCCAUCCAAGCACUCCUGGAUGAUGAGCCACGCAACAAGUCGUUGGUCCGCAAGGUUGAUCUUGUUUUGUUACCUUUACUUGCCGGGACAUUUAUGCUCCAGUAUAUCGACAAGUCAGCCCUCGCCUACUCUGCCGUGUUCGACCUCCUCCCUUCUACAAAUAUGUCAAGCGAACAAUACAGUUGGCUGGCCAGCAUAUUCUAUUUUGCAUAUCUAGUCGCCGAAUAUCCAUGGAGUACUCUGGCACAGAAAACAAAGCUUGCCAAAGUAGUUUCUGGCAACAUUGUUGCCUGGGGAGCAAUGCUCAUGAUCACUGCCGCCUGCUCCUCCUUCACCGGAAUGGCUAUCUGCCGCUUUCUUCUGGGAGUCUUCGAAGCUCCCAUCACCCCUUGUUUUAUGAUGAUGAUCGGAAUGUGGUACACACGUGCUCAGCAACCAUUCCGUGCCGGCGUUUUCUACAGUUGCAACGGACUGGGGGCUAUGUUUGGUGGUAUUCUCACCUAUGGCAUUGGACAAAUCGACACUAUCGCCGUAUGGAGAGCUAUCUACCUUAUUCUAGGUGGUAUUACCCUUGUCUGGGGAGUUGUGAUGCUUCUCUUCCUCCCGGAUGACGUUAUCUCGUCAAAGCGCUUCACCCUGGACGAAAAGGCCCUCAUCAUUGGCCGCGGUCAACUCGGUCAGACCGGUAUCAUGAAUCACAAAAUCAAAUGGUAUCAGAUCCGCGAAGCUCUGAUUGAUCCACAAGUCUGGAUCUUGUUCUUGUUCACUUUUCUGAACGAGGUCGUGAAUGGUGGCAUCGCAAGCUUCGGCAAACUAAUUAUCAAGGGCUUAACCGAUGACUCGGCCACUGCCGUUUCUUUGGGGAUCCCUUUUGGAGGAUUUCAGAUUUUCUAUAUCCUAGGAGGAACAUAUCUCGCAUCUCGAGUCAAAAACUUCCGAACUGUCGUCAUGUUCAUUUACUUGAUGCCUACUAUAAUUGGGGCCUGUCUGCUAUGGCAGUUGGACCAUGAGAUGUAUAAGGUAGGCGUUUUGUUUGGUUAUUAUAUCAUCGGCGCCUACGUCUGUUCUUUAGUACUCGCUUUACAGAUGCCAGCCACGAAUCUGGGUGGAUAUACAAAACGUACUACGAGUGUCGCUUUUGUGUUUUUGGCAUACUGCGCCGGCAAUAUAAUUGGACCUCACGCAUUUCUGGCAGAGGAAGCGCCCAUAUACCAGACUGGAGUCAAGCUCAUUCUAGCAUGCUCUUCUGCGCAAGCAGCCUUGGCUGUUUUGCUGCGUUUUGUACUGGCUCGCAGAAACAAGCAGCGAGAUGCCGCCGCUGCUGCUGCUGUUGGUCAGGUCGAGUCAUCCAGUGAUGAUAGUGCUGGUGCAGAUCUAACUGAUUUCGAGAACCCACACUUCCGAUACGUUCUUUGA